AUGAAUGCAGAGUACUACGGAACUCCCCCCAAAAGGGAGCCUCAGAAUCAGUAUCCUCAACCUUAUAAUGAGCAACAGCAACCACUCGCCCCUGGCGAGGGCCAGGACGACGAACGUGGCUUUGCUGGUGCCCUCGCUGGUGGUGCUGUCGGUGGUUUUGCUGGACACAAGGCCAAUCACGGCUUCCUUGGAGCCAUCGGUGGUGCGAUUGCUGGUUCUAUUGCUCAAGACGCCUAUAAGAAGCACCAGCAUCAAAGUGGACAGAGCUUCCCUCCCAAUGGCGGCCCCUACCCGCAGCAAUACCCCCAGCAACCAUAUCCGCAAGGACAUUCAUAUCAACAAUAUCCUCCGCAAGGUCCUUAUCCGCCAAGUCAAUUCUAUCCACUGAAUCAGUUGCAUCACAAUAGAAAGUCUGUCAUGAAAAGGCAGGAGGAGGUAGAAGAGCUUCAGGACAAAAUGAAUCGUGUUUCCCAGCACAUGCAGCAGGGUCCCUCUCACCACAAGAUGAAGGAUCUGCGGAAAGACAUGGAAGACUUGCAGAAGGAUCUGAGGAAGGCGCAAGAGGACUACCAGAAAGAGUUGAACAAGGCGCUAGACGACGAUGCGAAGCACUGA